AUGGCGACGACGACACCCGCCGCCGCCGCCGCCUCCUCCUGUGACACCCUUAUAACCCCACCGUCACAAGCCCGCAUCACCAUCCCCUGCUCAAAAACCAUGGACGACUCCGACUUGGAACUCUCAGCCCUCAAACCCACACCACCACAGCCUAUAGUCGCCAAUCUUCUCCGCGAAGCAAGUGAUCUUACCUGGAGUGAAUCGUUCAAGUCAACAAAAGAUACCGUCAUCCUGGUCCGCCGCGGCGGCCGCUUCCGGCUCUGGCGACAGCAGCAGUUCAAAAAUAGCCUGCUCGCCGGCGUGGGAUACCUCGAGCUAGCGAACGCCGGCGACUUCGCUGCUAAUGUAUGGAACCAGAUCCCUGUGCCGCGCUUUGCAGCUGUGCUGAUGGGCAUUGGGGGCGCGUUUGCGCUGGGGAUGGCGCUCGUCGCGGUGAGGGAUUUUCGGCUCUCGUGGCAGAAUGUGAAGUUGUUGCGCACGGAGAGGGGCUAUCUCCAGCGACUGCGGGUUUAUCAUGAUCGUAAUCCUGAUUUGGUGAGCCUGCUGGAUUGCCGGUUGGGUGUUGGGGUUCGUGAACUCGGCACGGAGGCCGUGGACCGCCUCGUCAUGGAUAUGCUCAUGGGCGCGGGCUCGGUGCUUGUUGGUAUCGGGACGCUGAUGGCGAUCGGUGGUGCGAACCAUAGAGUUUACAAAGCGAGCAAUCUUUUGUCUGGGUAUAUUGGCAACGCGCUGGCCGCGAUAUUUGGUCUUGUCAACGCCAUCUGGUCCGCGUACCUUCUGCACCGAUUCCGCGUCCACGACGCAGCUGUCCUCGCCCAGAAACCGAGCGACACUAUUCGCCGCAGACUGCAGGUCCGGUCUAGUCGCUUUAAAUGGCAUGCCUUUGUGAGUGGGCUUAAUGGACUGGUCGCCGGCGCCGCAUCGAUGGUUACGGCUGAGCGCUGGUGGGGAUAUAUCGUCCUGAUCCCAUGCAUUGUCUCAUUAAUCUUGUGCAAUUUCUUCUGGAGAAAGAAAUUGGGCUACGAUAGACCUGUGCUGGGGGAUUCGUCCCCUGCGAGUAUGCAGCUUACGCCCCUGUUCGAGGAUCUGGAGUACACUAUCGCCUUGCAGCGGGCUCUCGCAGACGCGGAGAUCUCUUCACCACAGAAUAUUGUCCAGACUGACUCGCUAGAGUCGAUCCUGCAAUUCAUUGCGAGAAACGGAAUGUUGGAGCAGUACGGCGAGUCACUUGCUCUUGACAAGAACACCUGUGGAAUAUUGUCAGAGUGCACUCGACGCGGUCCCUUCGGUGACAAGAUUCUCAUGUCGCCUACUCUCCUUCUCGCCCUCUCCACAUCUCCCACUCGAUCCCAGAUUCUAUUGGAUCACGCGAAAAGAUUCCUUGUUACAGACGGUUACAUUACAUUUGUGCAUCGUGAACGACACCUUCUAGAGCUUUUGGGGUACGCCGCCUGGCGGGACCAGACGACGUCCACAUCUACUCCGCAUCAACAUCAACAUUCAAAUCCACAUGAGCGACCUCAAUAG